AUGUUUGCCAUAUUCCUCCUCCUUGCAGUUGGGAUUUCCGAAGUCACGUGCCGCAAAAUGCAUGAGACAUCCUUGAGAGAAAGACAUGAAGAAUGGAUGGUAAGAUAUGGCAAAGUGUAUACGGAUGCUGCAGAGAAGGAAAAACGUUUCCUCAUAUUCAAGGACAAUGUGGAGUUCAUUGAAUCAUUCAAUGCUGCUGCCAACAAACCUUACCAGCUUGGUGUUAAUCACCUUGCUGACCUCACACUUGAGGAAUUCACGGCUUCACGUACUGGACUGAAGAUUCCUCGUGAGUUGAGCAAAACACCAUUUAAGUAUGAAAAGGUCUCUGAUAUUCCUGAAGCUAUAGACUGGAGGGCAAAAGGAGCUGUUCUUCCAGUCAAAGACCAAGGUUUCUGUGGGAGCUGCUGGGCGUUUUCAGCCGUGGGAGCAAUUGAGGGUAUCAACAAAAUAAGCACAGGUACUCUUGUGUCCCUUUCAGAGCAAGAGUUAGUGUCUUGUGACACAAAAGGUAGAGAUGGAGGGUGUGCAGGUGGUUACAUGGAAGAUGCAUUUGAAUUCGUCAUAAAAAAUGGUGGAAUCGCCAGUGAGGCUAGCUAUCCCUACAAGGCCGUUGAUGGGAAAUGUGACACAGCAGCACCCGCAGUGGUUAAAAUCAAGGGGUAUGAGAAAGUUCCUCCCAACAGUGAGGAUGCACUCAAGAAGGCUGUGGCCAACCAACCAGUGUCAGUUUCCCUUGAUGCAGAAAGUAGAGAUUUCAUGCUCUAUGCAAGUGGGGUUUUCACAGGACAAUGUGGAACUGAGCUAGACCAUGCUGUUACUGCAGUGGGUUAUGGCACAGAAAAUGGCACUGACUAUUGGCUAUUGAAGAAUUCAUGGAGCACAGAUUGGGGUGACAAAGGAUACAUAAAGAUGCAACGAGGUAUAGCUGCAAAAAGUGGUUUAUGUGGAAUUGCCAUGGAUGCAUCUUAUCCAACGGUUUGA